UAGAAGAUGUCACUGAUACAUGUGCUGUUGUUUAGCAGCAGCAGAGGCGAGCCACAUCCCACUGAUUCUCGCGCAUGCUCAAUAGAGCCGGUAUUGAGAGGUGAAAACAGUGAAAGAUGAUCUCGCAGAAUCGGGUGUAAAAAGCUUGAAACUUUUCUGAAGUGUUUGGGAAAUAACAUCCCAUGUAAUCCUUCCCAGGUUUCACAAAAUCUCAUGGCCGAACCAAAGCGGUUACAAUUAGAUGCAACGAAGACAUUGCAACGUGAGAAAAAAGUAAAAGAAGUCCCUCCAACGUACAGAUUUGAAUUGAAGCUCAACGACAAGGCUACCGAGUUUGCUGAGUUUUCAUAUGCGGAGCUGGUGAAAGAAGCUCGGAAUCAAGAAUGGGAAUCCAAACAACCAGGAAGUGAUGAUCCAUUUUCUCUUGAUGAAGAUGUUGAGUUACAAGAAAUUGCCAGGAGAUUCGAAGAAAAAUAUAACCCUAAACCUGGGAGGAAAAAGAAGAAAAAAUUAGGAUUAUGUGAAGAUUUUAUUGAUAAAGGAAUGGGUUAUGAUGAAACAGACCCAUUUAUUGAUAAUGAAGAGGCUUAUGAUGAACUGGUGCCGUCUACCCUUACAACUGAAUAUGGAGGGUUUUACAUAAACAAAGGAGACUUAGAAUUCAGAAAUUUGUCUGAAUCAGAAUGUAAUUAUGAAAAUAAACCAAGGAAGAAGAGAAUAAAACAAGGCACAGAUAAAGAAAAGAAGAAACGAAGGGUAGGAUUUGAGGAAAAUCAAAAACGCCGUGGUCGGAAGCCAUUAAAUGAAGCUCUGAGUGCCUUAAAACCUAAAAAGAAAGCACAGCCUACUGUUGCUGAUAUGUUGCAGCAGCACAAGGCUAAUUUGCAACGUAUGCAAGAAGAAGGUUUGCAACAAAUGCAGUUAGAUCCCAUUAAGGUUGAUAGAGAGUAUGAAACUGAAGAAAUUGAUGAUAACGAGACUGAUGUUUCUGAAGUUCCAGGACACCCUUCUUCUAUAUCUGAAGCUAUUGAAUCUGUUAUUAAGGCUGCAGCAGAAGAUGGCGGUAGUAAUACUUCUGUUGGCCCUGUAACAGGAAGUAGUGACGGUGAAGAAGCUAAAAUACCUAUAGAAAGUAUAGAAGCUCCUAAAUUGCCUGAUAAUUUGCCGCCUGAAUUGGAUGAAGUUCUUGAGAAAUUGAAAGUGGCUGCAUAUAAAUCUGAGGAAGGAAAAUGUAAAUUUUUCAGUGAUGAAGUAAAUAGGAUGCUAUUAAGUGUUGAACUAAAAGCCCAGGAGCUGACUAGUGCUCAGAGAUCAACUAUUUAUGCUCAUUUAGCUUCACAUCUUCCAUGUACAAAAGAAACUUUGCAAAAAAGAGCGAAAAAACUUCGUUUGGAUCAAGAAGAUGGGAAGUUGAGAGAGCCAAUGCAGCGCCUUAAAGAUGGCAUUGCUGCUGUGAUGCCAGAGAUGUUGGAGAAAUAUGCAGCUUUAGAACAAGCAUGUAAUGCAAGGGAAGAAGAAAAGAAAAAUGGAGUAAUUACUGGGACCGAUGGUGAAGAAAGUGGUGAUGAAGAAGGUGACAAAAAGGUGUCUCGCAUACCAAAGAAGCGCUUUGAAUGGAAUGAUACAAUAAGGAAGUAUUUGUGUGAUGUGGUGCGUAUUAAACUAAAGUGCUAUGAAGUGUCCAAAACAAGAAUUCAGUCAGCAGAAGAAUAUUUGAAGCAUUUCUUAGAAGCUGAAGUUAAAAAUCUGUGGCCUCCUGGAUGGAUGCAGUCAAGGAUUCUUUUCCGAGAGAGCCGAGCUGCUCACUUCUAUAUUACGAAUCGUCCAAAGAAGCAAAUGCUGGUUAGCAAGAAAAAUACAAACCCUUUGAAUGUGAUGAUGAAUGUGAAACCUGCAGUGUCUUUAUUAAACAACACGAUGGUAUCUCAGGAAUCUGAAUUUGAUCAAAUAUUCCCCGAUAAAAGUGUGCCUUUCAUUCCACCUGUCGAAAAUGUGCUUGAGAAAGCUGAAAAUAUGGAUCUCCUUACUACAAAUCAUGGUAUAUCUGCAGAAGAGAGGGCAGCUGAGUUUGCCAAACUCUUCACACUUCCAAUAAAAUCUUCUGCAAUGGAUGAAUCAUCGUUUACUAAAACUGCAGAGACUGUUACUACUCCUACAGGCUCGAAUAAAUUGAAUUCUGAUCUUCCCCCUCCUAAAACUUCAUCUCCUCUUGUUAAUGCAAUAUCAGAUAGUGGAGUGCAACCUAAAACAGCCAUAUCUAAAAGUGAUAAGCAGUCUAAAUCAAAUCAACAAAAUAAGCUGUCCCAUUACAAUUCCAAAGUAUCUGACUUUAACACAUUCACUGAAGGAUCUCUAGCUUCAGACAUGCUUGCACGUAUUAUUUGUGCAAGUUUAGCAGAUUACCCUUAUGCUGGUUCACAUAAUAUUGAAAGUACAGCUGCAAAGGUGGCAAGCGUUAUUUCUCCCAACCCAACUUUAAUUAAAGAACCUCGCAAUGUAAAUUCUAAAUUUUCUAAUGACAUUCUUGCUAGUCCUAAAAAAGCUGAUAAUGGGAAGCAAUACAAUACAGAUUCUCGAAAACCUAGUCAAGAAAGUGGACUUCCUUCAUUUUCCAAGUCUGGAAUAAGUAUUGAUUCUUUCUUGAAUUCUAAGAAUCAAACGAUUUCAAGGGCUAAUGAUAUAGUUGUGAAAAGUAAAGGUCUUCCUACUGAAACUUCAAAUGCUGUUAAUUUGAAAUUAAAAGAUUCUAUUGUUCCUCAUUCACGGCAGUUUGCUGAGGCAUUUGAAAGGACUGCUGACACUCCUCCAGUGAGUAAAAAGCAUAGUAUUAAAGGGCUUAACAUUCAUACACAAGUCUCGCCUGUUUCUAGUGUUAGUGCUUCCUCUCGUCUGUUAAAUGAACAUAUAAGUGAUUAUCCAUCGAGUACAUCUCCCCGAUCCACUUUAGAAAGUGCUCAAAAGAUUGCAUUUGACUUAGCUAAGUACAAUUCUGUCUCAUCUCAGGGUUCUGCAAGUGCACCAUAUAAAAAACGAACUAAGUAUAGCCAAAGUAGCAAAGUCGGUGAUCAGUGGAAUCAUCAUUUUUUAGAAACAAGUCUUGGUACAUCCCUCCUAGAAGGUAUGAAGGGUUUUCCCUUCCCUGUUGGUUCAAUGCCUACUCCGCCACCGGCGCAUUCUUCAUCUCCUCAUCGUACACCUGCUCAUUCACAGCAUAACUCUCCACGAGGAACAUCUCAUAUUUCACCAGGAUUAAGAAGUCUUCAUGAAUCUAAAUCGGACUCCCCUAAUCAGAAUUCACAAAGUCAUUCCACAAUUAUAUCAACAUCUGAUGUUCAGCGAAGGCAAUCCUUGAUUCAAGGACCUUGGAAAUCAAGUCCUUCUCAAAGUCCAUCUACCUCCCUUAGCCAUUAUAUGGCUAGCACAUCCCCACCUAUUUCUAACCAGUCUAAAACUACCUCACCUAAUCAUAGCUCAAAUUCCAUUGUUAACAUAUCCCCUGCUCCAGCUCACUCCAUGUCACAAAUAGAAAAAGUUACAUCUGCUUAUAGUCGUAGUCAUAGUCCUUUACCUCUUCGUGCAAGUCCAUCCCAUUUGUCGCUGAAUCAUUCAACGAAAACAUCAUCAAAUACAUAUUCUCCUCAUUUGGGGCAAACUCCAUAUACGACACACCAGUCCAGUCAUACUGUGUCACCAACUCUUCAUCAACAAACUGUUGUGCGUAGUAAUGCUUUUGAUUCUUCAAAUCCCAUAACUACAUCAAGUUCUCCAACAGGCACCUUUACUAUAAAUCAAGAAGUAAAAACUGUGAAUCCAAGAACUAAUUAAGUGCCAUCAGUAUAUUUUAAGAGCAGAGUAGAUGUUAGUAAUUUAUUUUCCUAGCUCGGUGAGUUGACCAAGAUCUUUAACCUUUGGUUUUGAGGAUGCAAGGGAACAACUGUGAAAAGUGUAAUCAGCAUUGUAAAUAGUAAGUCAGAUAUACAUUAUUCAUUGAGUGGCAGUGGCAUUUCUGUGAUUAAUUCCCCUCUUUGAGUAUGCAGCUUCUAAAUUACUGCCCUUCAUAUGUAUACAAAGCUAGUGUAAUUUGAAGUGAUAAUACAUGUACAGUAUAAAUAAACCCCUUUUGUACAACUGUCCUGGGGCAUAUUUUUGUCAAUAUGAACAUAAAUUUGUACAGUGUAAAUUUACAAUGUUUUGCUUCCUAUGUUUUUAGAAUACUUCCAAGUGAAGCAAAAUCAGACGUGGUGUUAAUAAAUCAUAAGAAAUUAAUUGUAUGCUGUAUCUAAGAAAUCAAACUAAUGUUCUUGUCCUUUUCUAGUUUAUGUGAAAGUGUGACUUCCUAAAAUAUAUAAACUGUAGGCAUAUUUUUUUGUACCAGUUUAACUGUUCACUCUUCUUGGUUUCAUUAGUCGUUUUAUGAAAGUUACAGAAUUUAAAUAUUUUAGCAUAAAAUUAAAAAUUUCUAUUUUUCUGAAGUGUGUGCCUAUGGCAAUAUUUUAAUGUAUAUUGGUGCUUUUUUGUUAUUUAACAAUUUUGUGCUACAAUAAUUUAUCAGUAAUUUAGUACAAUGCAUUCCUUUUAAAGUUUUACAGCUUUGGAAAGCUUUAUUGAAAAUUUCCUUUAACAGUACUUCCUUUUUUUCUGAGAAAAAUUUGAAAAAAAAAAAAAAACUGUGUGUAAUUGUUUUAUAAUGAUGCUAUUAAUCUAUUCUGAAGUCUAAUGACAUGAUUAAUUUAGGUAUCAAUUAUUAAAAUAAUUUAGAAAGAUGCAAAUUUAUUGGUUUUUAUAGAAAUAAAAAGACUUCAGAACAAGUUUUAUAUGUAUAUAUGCAUAUAAUUUUGAAAAUAAUUAGUAAUGUCUUCUGUGAAAUUGAACUGCCAUUUGAUUUGAGUACUAUUUUGAAUGAACUCACUGAUAUGCAUUUAAUACUGUGCAUUAGAAUAUUUUUAAUUAUAUAUUUGGUUGAUAUAUUGUUAUGGCUGCUUAUUCCGUUUUAUAUUAAAAAAAAAAAAGGGUACCUGCGAAUCAUUGUAUUUUAUUUGAAAAUAUUAGAAAGAUUAUUUAUUUAUGCUUAAAUAUAAUGAAUUUCAUCUGUAAAAUCUUUUGGUUCCGAAUCUUUAGAAAUUUCGUUGUACUUUGACUGUGUAAUGAACUACUUAUCUUAUAUAUCAUAGAAUCUUUACCAUGUCCUGUAAUGCUCAAGACAUUUCAUUGAUCCUUUUCUUUUUUGAGAAGGGUUUUUUUUUGUUGUUGUUGAAUGACUGUUAUUAAUUAUAAAUAGUUUACUAUGCUUUUAUUUCUUUAACUAAAUAAGAUAUUCAGUUUCUCAAAUAAUAUCUUUUCAAGAUUUGUAAUUUUUUUAAAAUUAUUUGUUUUACCAGUAACAAAUGAUAUGCGUUAUUAGUGAUUUAUCUUUGUUAUUAAAUAAUUUUUAAAUGAUAUUAAGUUUUGAAAUUGUGUAUUAUUCUUUGACUCAUUAGUUUAAUGUUAGAAGUUGUUUUUUUUUUUUUUUUAAAUCAGACCCUUUGUUUGUUUAUUUUUCUUUUACUGUCUCAAUGUUUUAUUUAAAACAGAUUUUCUGUAUAGUUUGACAACUAUGCAAAGAUAUUGUGAUAUUCGUUGUGUUUUGUGCUUACGGUUUCUGAAGUCUUGGUUGUUUAUUAGACUAAAAGAAAACUGACAUUUCUUUUUCUAAGGCAGGAAUGCUUAUAUUAGAAUUUUGUACAAUUUUAAGAGCUUUUGGUAUUGACUUAAUUUGAAUACUCUUAUUUGUAACAAACAUAACUAAAUGAAAUCAAAAUACUCAGUCCUUUCUCAGACUAUAAAACAAGCACAUUAUAUUGGAUUGUAUUAUUAUGUCAUAUAAAGACGAAAAUUUCAUUGAACUGAAAUGAAGUAAAUGUGGCAUGUUUAUAUUUGUUGAAUUAAA